GGCAUAAUUCUGUCCUCUGUCGCAAGGGUCAAUCAAAGCCUGUUUUGGAUUCGGCAGGACUUGACAUCCCUGCUUUUCUCGCCCAUCCUUGUUGGGAAGAAAAGGCGUUCCAACAAUGCCGUUGGAAAUGACCUCGCAGGACAGGUCAAACGUGGCCACGUCACGGUCUGAGCUGGAUCACAAGGUGGAGAAGAAAUCAGAGAAGAAGGCCUGCCUAGAAGCCAAUCGAGCCCCUUGUCCUCUCCAGCGCUCAAGUGGCAAAGAAGGUGGUGGGAUGGGGGCGCAGAAAGCCCCGACCAAGGAUACGUCCAGUUCUGAUGUCCAGCGAGAACACUUCCGGCAGCUUGGCUAUCAGGGUGCGAAGGGUCCCCGAGAGGUUUGCAGCCAGCUCCAUGAUCUUUGCCAUCAGUGGCUGAAGCCAGAGAAGCAUUCCAAAGCUGAGAUGUUGGACCUGGUGAUCCUAGAGCAGUUCUUGGCUGUCCUGCCCCCGGAGAUGAAGAACUGGGUCCGAGAAUGUGGGGCAGAGACCAGUUCCCAGGCGGUGGCCCUGGCCGAGGGCUUCCUGCUGAGCCAGGCGGAGGAGCAGAGGCAGCAGGACCGAGUUGUGGAAGAAACUACCAACUUCCCCAGGAUAGAAAAAAAUCCAUCCGUCCCUCAUCCAAAGCCGUUGUUAAGGCGGAUCAAGCAAGAAAUUGACAAGGUUGCUACUACGCUAGGGGAUGAACCACAGCUGGCUGCUGGAUGUAACCCUCCUUCUGGGCAGCUGGAUCAGGUGUCGCUUGAGGAAGUAUCUGUAACUUUUACAGAGGAGGAGUGGGCACUGCUGGAUCCGGACCAAAGAGCUUUGCACAGGGAUGUGAUGGCAGAGAACAGUGGUAUUGCCUCCUCCUUGGGAAGUGAUUGGCCAGAGAGCGAAAAUGGAGAAAUACAUGGGGUAUUGUUGGGAAAAAUCGGAAGCGAAGAGGAGGACAAGCAGAGAGCAGAAGCUGAAGCCGGCAGAAUGAAGGACGAACCUUCAGGUUCUUACGACACUGAAUUUUACGAGCUUCCGGUCCGCGAAAAAAUAGAAGACGGGAUCGAGUGGAGCCAAUGCCUUCUGUGUGGAAAAGCCUUCGACUGCCAGUCGAGCCUGAUCGCUCACUGGGAGAGCCACACGACCAAGAAGCCAUAUAAAUGCCUGGAGUGCGGGAAGAGCUUCAGCACGAGGCAGUACCUCGGUUGCCACCAGCGAGUUCACACCGGGGAGAAGCCGUUCAAAUGCACCAAAUGUGGGAAGAGCUUCAGCACGAGGCAAUAUCUCGCCUGUCACCAGAGGAUCCACACCGGGGAGAAACCCUUCAAGUGUCUGGAGUGUGGGGAGACCUUCUGCUGGGCUAACUCUCUCACUUUACACCAGAUCAUUCAUACAGGAGAGAAGCCAUUUAAAUGCUUGGUGUGCGGGAAAAGCUUCAGUCGAAGCACCAGCCUUUCUUCACACCAGAGAAUACACACAGGGGAGAAGCCAUAUAAGUGCUUAGAGUGUGGAAAGAGGUUCAUCCACAACACUAGCCUCACUUACCAUCGGCAGCAUCACACGGGAGUGAAACCCUACAAAUGCCCUGAGUGUGGAAAGAGGUUCAGUCACAGGACGAGCCUGACCUACCACCAACGGAGUCACACCGGAGUGAAACCACAUUCCUGUUUGGAGUGCGGAAAGAAUUUCAGCACUCGUCAGUACCUCACUUCCCACCAGCGGAUCCACACAGGAGAGAAACCGUACAAAUGCGCCGAGUGCGGGAAGAAAUUUGUCCACAGCACGAGCCUCAGCUACCAUCAGCGCCUUCACCGAGGGGAGGAACCGUUUCAGUGUUUGGAGUGUGGGAAAAGUUUCAUUACGAGACAGUGUCUCACCUCGCAUCGAAGAAUCCACACGGGGGAAGAACCCUUUAAAUGCCUGGAGUGCGGAAAGAGCUUCCGAAGACGCACGAGCCUUAUUUCCCAUCAAAGUAUCCACAUGGGAGAGAAGCCGUAUAAAUGCCUGGAGUGCGGAAAGAGCUUCACCACUAGCAAAUACAUCAUUUCCCAUCAGAGAAUCCACACCGGAGAGAAACCUUACAAAUGUUUGGAGUGUGGGCAGACCUUCUGUUGGGCUAACUCCCUGACCUUACAUCAGAUCACUCACACGGGAGAGAAACCCUUUAAAUGCUUGGAGUGUGGAAAAAGCUUCAGCAGAAGCACCAGCCUUACCUCGCAUCAGAGGAUCCACACGGGGGAGAAGCCGUAUAAAUGUUUAGUGUGCGGAAAGAACUUCAGCACAAACAGAUACCUCACGUGCCAUCAACGGAUUCAUAUUGUGGAUAAAGCUUUUAAAUGCCUGGUGUGUGGGAAGAGCUUUAGCACUAGCAAAUACCUCAGCUGCCAUCAAAGAAUCCACACCGGGGAGAAGCCAUUUAAAUGCCUGGAGUGUGGGAAGAGCUUCUGUUGGGCGUAUUCCCUUACUUUACAUCAAAGAAUCCACACAGGAGAAGAUGCAUUUAAAUGCUAGGAGUAUGAAAGUGACUCUGGUUUUUUUGGGGGGGGGUGGAAGGAUGAGGGAGCCCUUAUUGUAGAAGAAUUUAAGGGAGAAACCGUAGAAAUCACUGUGGAAAGACAUUCGUGCGGAACACAGACUUCAUUUCUUUGCGUUAGAUAUAAAUUUAUUUAUAUGUAUGCUUUA